AUGACUGCUCGCGAGGCAGGCUUGCUCCUCGUGAGCUUCGGUCGCUUUGGCUUCUUCGAUAAUAGUGCCGCAUCUCGCCAAGAGUGCGGUCUAUUUAGGCGAGGUUUAGUGAGCGUUCCUGUCCGGUCCGACACUCACAUCUUCCUGUUGACCCAGUACGAUAUAUUCAUCCGAGCGUCUAUAGAGGGACUCGUUCAAGCUCUCUUCGAGGGUCUUGUCUUUUUCCUAUGUUCUUUGGUCCCAGACGUUUGCCGCUAUUCCUUCGAGGAUGCGGUAUAUCUCGGCAGAUAUCGACUUCAUAACAAUGCACUGACUAUAAUGGUAGCGCUUCUCUUCGAGACCCACUUCUCUUCGAGAAUGUGGUUUUCAUAUCCUCAGCCGCUAUCUUCUUUGAAGGUGCGGUUUAUCCUAGCAGAUAUCGCCACCUCUCUUCGAGAGUGUGGUCUACAAUCCCUUGCCGGCUCUCUUCGAGAGUUUCGGUUGGAUUCCUUCUCUGCCGACCGACUGAAUUCAUCGCCUCCAUCUGUCACCAUCGCUCCGCCUCCGACGCCAAACGGAGCCGCACGACGGUUUAGUUUUCAACUCGACACAGUUCAUAUGAUAUGGCCUGCUAAGAUGUCUUACUGGGUGCUUCACUGUUUGAAACAACAAUAUGAUCCUCGACGCUGUCGAGUCCUUCAGGCUCGCUAA